AUUUCACUUUCUUUUCCAUUCACCCAGGUUAUAUUGAGGAAGCCUGUAUUAUUCCAUGUCCUUCAGACUGCAAGCUCAGUGAGUGGUCCAAUUGGUCUCGCUGUAGUAAAUCCUGUGGAAGUGGGGUAAAAGUUCGGUCAAAAUGGCUCCGUGAAAAGCCCUACAAUGGUGGAAGACCCUGUCCUAAGCUAGAUCACGUCAAUCAGGCUCAGGUAUAUGAGGUAGUCCCAUGCCACAGUGACUGCAGCCAAUACAUAUGGGUUACCGAGCCCUGGAGCGUCUGCAAGGUGACCAAUGUGGACUUAAAAGAGAACUGUGGAGAAGGUGUUCAAACAAGGAAAGUCAGAUGCAUGCUGAACACUGUGGAUGGUCCUUCUGACACUGUGGAGGACUACCUGUGUGAUCCUGAAGAGAUGCCACUUGGUGCUAGAAAAUGCACACUGCCAUGUCCAGAAGACUGUGUUAUGUCUGAAUGGGGAUCAUGGUCUCGCUGUUCUUUGCCAUGCAAUGGAAGCAGUGUCCGUGAAAGGUCAUCAGAAUCUCUGAGACAACCAAUGGAAGGAAAGUCUUGCCCUGCUGCCACUGAGACUGAAGUCUGCACUUUGAACAAAAACUGCUACCACUAUGACUACAAUGUGACAGACUGGAGCACAUGUCAGCUCAGUGAGAAGGCUGUCUGUGGUAAUGGAAUCAAAACGCGGAUGCUCGAUUGUGUUCGCAGUGAUGGCAAAUCAGUUGACCUGAAGUACUGUGAGGAGGUGAGUGGGUACUUGUAAGAUUCUUUCUAGUGG